UAUUGUAAUGUGUGUUAUCCGAAUCAUAUGCUUUGUCCGAACAUGAAUUGUACAAGUAAUGCUCACCUUAUUGCAGAAUUCUAAUCCAUAUUAUUUCCAUUAUUAGUUAUAUUAUGUCAUUGUACACUUAAACAACACAGUUUAGAACAUUGUUAAUUAUUUUUGUAUCUGUUUAAAUCCAUUACUUUGUGUACAAUCAUACGGAACAUUUUGCACUCAAAUUUGGCCGCCAUAUUGACUUGUUCUACUACGGUGCAAGAAUAUUGUUGUCAUCUUGAUAUAUAUGCUCAUACUUAAGUUUGUGUUACAAGUUGAAUUAGAAAUUGAUUGUUAACAUAUAUUUUUGCAUUAUAUAUGAAAUACUACAAUGGAUGAAUGCUAUAUUGUAUUUGAGAGUGAUUGAUUCUAAGGAACUAUUUAGGGCACUUGUGCGUAAGAAAGUUGGCAAAUGUUGGCAACUAUUAUUUCUAUAUGUCAAGAGUAUUUUUGAUAUAUUGAUAAAUUAAUGAUUAUCAGUCAUUAUUUAGGAACCUCUCGUUAUGUUUAACAUGUAUUAUAUUGUAUGUAUGUCGAGUGAAUGAUGUUUAUUUAUUUGAAAACAUUGUAGAACCUGUUUACGCAUUUUUAUGUUUGCAAGUUCUGAUUGGCUGACGCUAUGUUUGCCAACAUCCGACAGCUAUAUAAGGGCGGCUGUAACCGAAAAUGGGACCAGUUGCAAGCUUCUAAUAACUUCCAUAGUAACCAAGGCACUGGGGAAUAUUUUCAAAGAAACAUCUUUUUAAUCUAUUUUAUUCAUCAUGAAAUCAAAGUUCUUUUGCGAGACGUGCCCAGCAUCUUUUCUUACAAGGAGGGAACUCCAAAACCACUACUUACGUACCAACCACAAGUCAUUCCGUCUGAUCUGCCCAUGGUGUGUUUACCAGAAUGAACGUUGUUAUAAAUAUGUACAGGUCCUAAGAAGGCAUGUGAAAAGUCAGCACCCUGUCCAGUUUAAAGAAUUGCCACCAAGAGCCUUAUCAACAACCAACUGCUUCUACCUAUGUAAGGAUUCGAAAACGUAUAUUGAAUUGUAUGGCGCAUCAGAUUAUAACAGCGUUGAGGCAAAGUUUCUUCAAGAGAUGGUCACAAAAUGGUCCACUGGUCGCAUUCCUGGUGUUUCUGAAUGGUUGAAUGGUUGGAAAUUAGCCAAGUCUGAUUCAUCAUGUAGAAGUUCAACAAUAUCAAGUGAACGUGAAUUUUCUGCUUUCAAGCCAGUAAGUGCUCCAAAGUCUACAUGUCAACUUUCUUCUUCUUCUAUUCAUCAAAGUCUGCCUACAUCUACUUCAACUGAAACUCACAACAGUCAUGAAUUGUCUACAUUGCCUUCUCCAACUAUACAUAUGAAAAAAAGAUGUCACGAACCAUCCAUUGAUCUCAAAAGUAUAAUUAUUUCGUCUGAUGUCAAGGCAUAUCUUCUUGAAGACAAUGAAAAUGUAAUCAUGGUUAAACUUCAACCUAACGUUAUCCAAUCUAAGAAAACCAUGGACUCUUUGAUGAGAAGAAUUUCAACUCUAUCUAAACCGUUCAAUCCUCCUACUGGUAACUGGAAAAUCGUGACAAGUCAACAAAUCAAAGAUUCAUGUGCCAGGAUUCUUGGUGUAAACUUUGACCAGAUCCUAUCCUGCCUUACACAACCUGCUGAGAACUUUAAAAUUUCACGUCCUGCAUCUGUCAGCAAUAUCAACCAUAAUCCUGAAUCUUCUCAACCAUCAGCAAAAGGUGAUAACAUCAAUAACACUAACACGGAAGACACUGUAAAAUCAGAUGUAAACAACAACAACAACAACAACUUAAACAACAAUGAAAAUGUACACAGUCCAGCUGUAAAUGUAAAUUCAACAGAAGUAUCUAAAACCUCUAACAUAAAUUAUGAAAUCAUCUCUUCAGUUAAUGAUCCAGAUGUGGACAAUGAUGAACUUGAUUACAAUGAUUUAAGAUCUCCAACACCAGUCUCUAUAAAUGAUCCAGAUGAACCUUUUAACAGUCCUUACUACAAUGCUGGAGCAACACCAACAGAAAAUAGAUUCGAACACAUUCCAACACCAUCAUAUGAACCACAAAAUAGUAACGUUGAUACACCUGUUGUACCAGAAUAUAUACCAACACCAAAAAAUGAAUUAAUUAUCAACAAAGCUAAGACUCUCCUGACAACUGGAUCAAUGCCACUUCUUCCACCAGCAGAAAGAGAAUGGUCAUCUGUACCUGAAUGUAGCGUUAAUUUAACAUCUAAUCUUCAGUGGCCACCACAUCAAUGGAAAACAUUCACACCUGACCAAAAACGCCUUGUUACCGAAUAUGCCGCCAUGAGACUAGAAGAACACCACAACAACAAAUUAACCGUCAUGGACAGAUCCUUACUUCUCCAUAAAUACAACUUUUUAUCCUUGCCUGGUUCCACCGGUAUCAAACUCGAUCUAAAAGGAAGAUCCAGAAUAUUGAACUUUCACGUUGUCUCAAACAUUGCCAUCGAAAAAGACCAAUCCAGUGACGAAGAAAAGCACAGCAUCCUCUACAGUUUCAAGCCAUCCGAAGAACUAAAAGACAUUCUCUCAAAGAUCCAUCAUGUACCUUUAAGACUUAAAAACAAGAAAUAAAUUAGUAAGUUAGUACUGAAGCAAUAAUGCAAUAAAACAGGUAAAUAUUUAAAUAAACAAUAAUAUGUUACAAUAGAAGUAUUUUUCACAAUUUAUCCUUUUUCAACAUUUCUUAAUUUUCCACACAAAUUAAUUGUCAGGUUAGGACUUAAGUUAAGUAUAAACAGGUAUUGUUGUACUGUGUUUCUUUAAAACAAUUUUAGAUACAUAAUUAUUAUUAAUCAUUUUAGAAAUAUAUAAAUCAAGCAUAAGUCUUUAUGUGAAUUGUCUGACUGGUUAUUAUGAAAGUCUUUAAAUAUAAGUAAUUUAUUAACUAUUAAUAUAUACUUGAGUGUUUAAGUCUUAACUUGAGUGAACUUAAAGUAUGGACUUAAUUAAUUGUAUUAUGUGCUGAGGUAAUAAGGUAUGAUAAAGUACUCAUAAAGUACUCACUGUUUGUUAUAUGUUAACUUUAUUUUUACUUAAGUAUUAUUAAGAAUUAAGAUUCUUAUAUGAAAUAUGCAUUACCUAAGUCUUUAUUUGAAUGCAUUUAAAUGUACUUAAGUGUUUCAGAGCAAAUUUGACUUGUUCCUUUAUUAGUCAUGCUAAUUUGAUAUGUUUUUAAGGUGCUGAUAAAGUCUGAAUCUGAUAUUAACUGAGAUGUUAUUUUGACAAGUAUUGUUUUGAAUGUACUUGAACAAAUGAUGUAUUGUAACUUUAUUUAACUUCAGGAGAAGUUAGUUUUUAAGGUGGGGGAAAUGUAAUAUGUGUUAUCCGAAUCAUAUGCUUUGUCCGAACAUGAAUUGUACAAGUAAUGCUCACCUUAUUGCAGAAUUCUAAUCCAUAUUAUUUCCAUUAUUAGUUAUAUUAUGUCAUUGUACACUUAAACAACACAGUUUAGAACAUUGUUAAUUAUUUUGUAUCUGUUUAAAUCCAUUACUUUGUGUACAAUCAUACGGAACAUUUUGCACUCGAAUUUGGCCGCCAUAUUGACUUGUUCUACUACGGUGCAAGAAUAUUGUUGUCAUCUUGAUAUAUAUGCUAAUACUUAAGUUUGUGUUACAAGUUGAAUUAGAAAUUGAUUGUUAACGUAUAUUUUUGCAUUAUAUAUGAAAUACUACAAUGGAUGAUUGCUAUAUUGUAUUUGAGAGUGAUUGAUUCUAAGGAACUAUUUAGGGCACUUUGUGCGUUGGCAAAUGUUGGCAACUAUUAUUUCUAUAUGUCAAGAGUAUUUUUGAUAUAUUGAUAAAUUAAUGAUUAUCAGUCAUUAUUUAGGAACCUCUUGUUAUGUUUAACAUGUAUUAUUGUAUGCAUGUCGAGUGAAUGAUGUUUAUUUAUUUGAAAACAUUGUAGAACCUGUUUUAUGUUUGCAAGUUCUAAUUGGCUGACGCUAUGUUUGCCAACAUCCGACAGCUAUAUAAGGGCGGCUGUAACCGAAAAUGGCACCAGUUGCAAGCUUCCAAUAACUUCCAUAGUAACCAAUGCACUGGGGAAUAUUUUCAAAGAAACAUCUUUUUAAUCUAUUUUAUUCAGUAAGUUACAAACAAAACAUGUUAUCCCUAAAGAAAACAACAAUCCUUUAAGUGUUUUAGUCCCGUUUAUUUACAAUAAACCGAAUUAAUUCCGUUUGUUUACAUAUGCCGAGUUUUGUUUACAUAGCAACCCCGUAGUCAAGCUUUUUAACAUCAACACUAUGCAACUGGUGGUCCCCUUUGCUGUUACAACCGCACGUCUUAGUAGAUAAAUUAUAAGUUCUUACAUAAUUUAUUAUUAUAUUUGAUGAUAUAAACUUGAAUUUGUUAUCUUCAUCAAUACACAAGAGAUUAUUUAAACGUUAA